GCGCUCGGGCACUGUACUGUGUGUCACAUGUGCGUCGUCAGAGUGAGGCGCGCUUGUUUGUGGGUAUAGUUACAGCUGUCAGAGGGCUCUGGUUACUGGGUGCUCAUACUGACUUUGGCCGGAACGCUGUACGUGCGUGACACACGGGAUUGUAGGUGUAUGGCGGGCGCGGGCAUGACUGCCUGUAGGCUUUGACCCUUGCUUGACAUUUUCACACUUGUAUAGCUGGGCAUAUCCUCCAAGCCUGGCCAGCAUGAUUGUUUUCUGAAGGCUUGUGAUCUUGACCAGGCCUGCCUCUCAAGUCUGCUGUUUUCUUCAUUAACCGAAUGUUCAAACAUUCUUAAGGCGGCCAUGCACGGUGAAAAUACCAGCAAAGGAAAAAUGGAAAUCUUCUGUUGCCUUCGGCUCUCCAGCAGGAAAAGCUUUGCUUUGAAAAGCCUAAUUUCAUCAAGAGUACAAGCUUCUAAGAGAAUAUUCCAUAAUUCUGCCCAAAGUUUUCAGAAUGAAGCUAUUUGGCAUAGGAAGAACAUCAAUCCUUUGUCUUGCAUUUUCUUUAACAGACUAUAUAUACCAGAAAGCACUCACAGUGGAAAAAGCAUUUCAUUAAAAUAUGAAGUUUGUAGAAGACCAGCUGAUUUUUUGCACAAUCAAAAUGCACUGUUGUCAAUAGCCACAAAUGGAGGGGCUAAUCUUCUACCGAAUCCAUUGCAUAUCAUGUCUUCAAGGUCAAUACAUACCUCAAAGCACUUGAAUGUCCUCAUACCACCUCAUUUGUGGAUACUUCUAAAACCAGCACAAAAACUUUUUGCUAUCCUCCUUGGCAGGAGUUUAAGAAAGUGGUGGAGGGCUCUUCCUGCUAAUAAACAGGAACUGUUUAAAGAAAAGGUCAAGAAGAAUAAGUUGAGGCUGUCCCUCAGUAUUGGUGCUGUGGGGAUCAUUUUCAGUCUUUUUUAUUUUACUCACUUAGAGGAGAACCCCAUCACUGGGCGCAGCCGUUUAUUGUUUUUUAAAAAUGAACAUUAUGAAUUGCUCACAAACGUGGAGUAUGAAAAUCUGAUUGAAGAGUUUAAGGAUAUAAUGCUGCCAAAGGAAGAUCUUCGUUAUCAGCUUGUCCAGAUGAUUGUUGACCAUCUUAUCUCUUGCAAUGGUGACUUACCAGGAGUGUCUAAGAUUGAGUGGGUCGUGCAUGUUGUACAGAAGUCCGACAUUAAUGCUUUCGUGUUGCCGAAUGGCCAAAUUUUUGUUUUCACAGGCAUGCUGGAAGCUGUGACAGAUGUUCACCAACUUUCUUUUAUCUUGGGACAUGAAUUGGCACAUGCAAUACUGGACCACACAGCUGAGAUGCAUAGUUUGACACAUUUUUUGGAUUUUCUUCUCCUCAUUUCUAUUGCAAUGAUAUGGGCUAUCUGCCCUAUGGACAGUCUUGCAGUUUUUGGUCAGUGGAUCCAGUCAACUCUAAAAGAUUUCGUCUUCAAUAGACCUUUUAGCAGAUCUUUGGAGGCUGAAGCUGAUAAAGUAGGACUCCAGCUGGCUGCAAAGGCCUGUGUAGAUGUAAGAGCAAGUUCAGUUUUCUGGAAACAAAUGGAAAUCCUUGAGAGUUUACAAGGGCAAGCUCGGACUCCAGAAUGGCUUUCAACACACCCAUCCCAUCAAAAUCGUGCAGAUCACUUGGAUCGGCUUAUACCUGAAGCUAUUAAACUAAGGGAAAAGUGUAACUGUCCAGCUCUUCCUUUUCCUGAUCCAAGAUUGGUUUUCGAUUCAAAGCAUUUUUUACAAGGCACAGUGGAUUGAACAGAUCGUGCUAUCGUUCCACUCUAAGAGAAUAGAAACAUCCAGCUGCAUUUUCUAAAACUAGAAUUGUAGAGGAUACAGCAUAUAAUAACACUGUGAAAAUACAUUUUUAAAAUAUUGUACUUGAAAUUUUGUAUAUGGUGUGUCUAUUUUUUGUGUCCUGAAAUUUCUUUAUUUUCAACACAGUCUACGGAUAGGCAGCUUUCAGAUAUUUCAGAACUAUUAAUCCUUGCAUUCCUUAAGGAUCUCAAUUUGUUGGGCACUGUAGUUUUGUUGUUUUUUCUGAUAUGUAGAUCGCUUAGAUGUUAAUGGUAAACUCUUGGGUUUAUUUGUUCAGUGCAUUGAAUUUCACCGUAG